AUGGUCUCUUUCGAGGACCCAACCGUGCUUGCUGAAUUUAUGGACUCCCAGCUUGAAAAUCCCAUGGCUUCCAAGGUUGACCCAACAGGACGACCAGUGUACCAGUCCCGUAGUGACCUGGGUCCACUUAAAAGCCUGAGAAGUAUACCGCAGCUUGUCGACUUUGGCGUAGCAACCAGAAUCAGGGAAUACGACGACUUCGGCGUUCAUCCUAUCCAGCCAGACCACUAUCGGGCGCCAGAGGUUAUACUCGGUACUGGAUGGCAAAUGCCUACGGAUAUUUGGAAUCUUGGUGUUCUGGUGCGUUCUCCCGUCUCUUUCUUCCGCAACUUGUUUUUGCAUCCGCUAAUCCCAGACAAAGUUGUGGGAUAUGAUUGGAGAGAAGGAGCUAUUCCAGCAUAUUCAUGA